AUGAACUUUGAGCAGGCCCAACCCGAUCAAGAAUCUACCUUGGUCUACUCCCUCAUGUACCCAGCAUCCUCAAAUUCAUCCAUCAAUGUUUGGCCAAUGAUGGAAGAUAUGGCCUCAUUGGUGGUCUCGCAGACUGUUUCCCCAAUGGCUAGAUCAAAGAACAGAUCGCCUAUGAAUUCUGCAGUAAUCACGUCAACCUCAAGUUCAAGAUUGUCAUCAUUCUGGAUCCAGCUUAGGGAUCUGCGUGUAGGGAUUAGCAUGAGUAAACAUACAGUCAAAGUGGGUGGAGAGUUGAACUGCAAGGUGCAAGGCCAGUGCUUCCAUGAGAAGGGCGAUAGCCUGAUCCAAGCCUUCACCAUUGCCUUGGUGGUCAUGGGUCUCAAAAUCCUGACCCGCACCCGUACCCACCAAAUUGGAGUGCAAGCAGCUUUGGCAUCGAAUCAGUGCAUGGGUGAUGACAAGUGCAACUGUGAAUGCUAUCAUGGCAUAAAGACAUCAUUGAUGACUUGGACAAGGGGUAGUGUGACAGUUUGCAGCUAUACAUUGGUAACAUGGCACAUAAAACCCAUGCAGCAUCCUGGUUCAGCUGGCAUAGAUGUGAGGACCCCUAACACCCCUACACCAUGGGAAAUUCCCAUGUAUGUGUGGUCCAAUGUUGGCUGGCGGUCUUUCCCAUACAAAAAUUAUUUUGAUCCGUGGACCAUGCCCAACACAUUUCAUCUUGGACCCUAUGCACUUGGGAAAAGACCAGAAAACAUUGGCCAGACCACCUGGAAAGCACCCCCUAGUACAAACCUGAUAGUGGUGGAGCUGAUCAUGUUUGAUGUCAAGCUGCACUUCAUAGAACCUCAUACAAAAGAAAUAGAGGUGUCAGUUGUCGAGUUACAUAACAUCAUCAAGGAAUGGCUUACUUUCUCUCCUAACAACUCAACUGAUUCUCAUGACAUCAAGGGCAUCCUGACUGCCAGUGUUGUGCCAUUGGACAGCAUCCCAAACCUGCUGUGGGGAUAUAGUCAGGUGCUAGCCUUUCCUCGGAGCAGUGCGAUGAUGAUCGAGCUGUAG